AUGUUCACCUUGUUUCAGAACACCAUUGAAAAGAUUGGCCCAAGCAAAAUUGUUCAAGUGGUCACUGAUAAUGCGAGUAAAAAUGUGAAAGCGGGUGGCAUAGUGGAAGGAGCGUACAAGAAUGUCUAUUGGACUCCAUGUGCGGCUCAUUGUAUCAACUUAAUAUUCAGAGACAUUUUCAAGGAAAAACCCUUCUCUACAGUUUUUGGCCAGGGCGUUAGGAUACAUUCUUAUAUUUCUCAGCGGCCCUUGUUAUUGAAUAUGAUGAGAAGAUUCACCAGACAAAAUAAUUUGGUGAAACCGGGCAAGACAAGGUUCGCCACUGCUUUCUUGACUUUGCAUAGUAUCCACUUGCAAAAAUCCAAUUUAAGAAAGUUGUUCACUUCAGAGGAAUGGAGCAAGAGGAAAUUUGCAAAGGAAAGUGCGGGGAAAGAUGAUGCACGCAUUAUUCUUUCUUAUUCUUUUUGGAAUAAUGUCCUUCAUGCUCUUAAAAUUGGUGGCCCUUUGGUUAAAGUACUCUGUUUGGUGGAUGGGAAGCAAAAACCAUCAAUGGGCUACCUCUGUGAAGCUAUGGAUAGGGCCAAGGAGGCUAUUCAAGCAUCAUUCACUGAUGAGCAGAAAUAUGCAAAGGUCUUUCAGAUCAUUGAUGCAAGAUGGAGUGAGUAA